UGAAACAUUAAUUACGCAUAGAGUAGAGCUUUCUUCUACAAUGUCUGAAGACGUGACCUACGCGACACUCACGUUUCAGGAUUCCGUUGCAGCAGGAAAUAAUCAGGAUAGAAAUAACCUAAGGAAAAGAGGGUAUCCAGCUCCAUCCUCCAUAUGGCGUCAAGCUGCCCUGGGUCUGCUAACUCUUUGUCUGAUGCUGUUGAUUGGGCUGGUGACCCUGGGAAUUAUGUCUUUGCAGAUGUCCAGUGAAAUUAACUCAGAUUCAGACAGACUGACUCAACUCCAGAAAAUCAUCCACCAACAGCAGGACAACUUAUCCCAGCAACUGAGCGAGUACAGGAACUUUCCUGUGGAGGAGGAAUUUCUCAAAUCACAAAUCUCCAGUCUAUUGAAGAGGCAGGGACAAAUGGCCAUCAAACUCUGCCAAGAGCUAAUCAUUCACACUUCAGACCACAAAUGCAAUCCUUGUCCUAAGACCUGGAAAUGGUACCAAACCAGCUGCUAUUACUUUGCAAUAAAUGAGGAAAAAACCUGGCCUAACAGUAGAAAAAACUGCAGGGACAAGAACUCCACGCUGGUGAAGUUGGACAGCCUGGAGGAAAAGGAUUUUCUGAGGUCACAACAACUACCCAAGUUUCCUUUUUUCUGGUUGGGACUAUCUUGGGAUCCAUCUGGCAGGAGAUGGCUUUGGGAGGAUAGCUCUAGACCCUCUCCAUCCUUGUUUAGUGCUAAUGAAUAUGCUCAGAUCAAUGAAUCCAAGGGAUGUGCCUAUUUUCAAAAUGGGAAUAUUUAUAUAUCCCGCUGCAGUGCUGAAAUUUCUUGGAUUUGCGAGAAGACAGCUGCAUUAGUGAAGAUUGAAGACUUGGAUUAA